ACUCCAUCUCUCAACUUUCUAUUGAGCAUAUUUCUUUCAUAAUAUGGCCUUUCAUCUCUUUCACAUCAUUACUUUUCUCAUGCUUGUGGUAGUGGGAACAAAUGGUGCAAUAUUAUUACCACCUCAAGUUUAUUGGAAGUCCAUGCUUCCCAACACUCCAAUGCCAAAAGCCAUCACUAAUCUCCUACACCCUGUUGGAUAUUGGAGUGAAGGGAGAGCAACUUGGGCUGAUGUUGAAAUUGGUUGGCCAUUUGAUUACCGUAAGUAUGCUGCAAGUGAUACUCAAUUGCAUGAUAAGUCAAAUUCAUCACUCUACUUCUUCUUGGAAAAUGAUUUGCACUAUGGUAAAAAAUUGAACAUGCUUUUCACAAAAACAACUUCAAAUAAUAAUAAUGUACCAAAAUUCUUGCCUAAAGAGGUUGCCGAUUCAAUACCAUUUUCAUCUAACAAAAUGGAAAACAUCCUUCAUAUAUUCUCCAUCAAGAAAGGAUCAAAGGAAUAUGAAAUUGUGAAAAACACAAUCAAUGAUUGUGAAGAAAAGGGUAUCAAAGGAGAGGAAAAGCUUUGUGUUACAUCAUUAGAAUCAAUGGUUGAUUUUGCUACUUUGAAACUCGGAAACAAUGUUGAAGCUAUUUUAAACGAAGUGGAAAAAGAAAGUAGUGAGAUACAAGAAUAUGUAAUAGCAAAAGGAGUGAAGAGAUUGGGAAAGAAGAACAAAGCUAUAGUGUGUCACAAAGAGAAUUAUCCUUAUGCAAUUUUUUUCUGUCACAAAAUAGAUCCAACUAAAGUUUACUCUGUGCCUUUGGAAGGUGUUGAUGGAAACAGAGUUAAAGCUGUUGCUGUUUGUCACACUGAUACUUCACAAUGGAAUCCUAAACAUAUUUCUUUCCAAGUGCUUAAAGUUGAACCUGGAACUGUUCCAAUUUGUCACUUUCUCCCACAUGAUCAUGUUGUUUGGAUUUCCAAAUAAUUAAAAUAAUGCCAAUUACAUACAUAGUUGUAUGCUUGAAUAAUAAACCACUAUAUUUAACAUGUAUUGGGUUUGGGUUUAUGUAUGUCCACCAUGCAUUAUUAUAUGGACAAAUAUGUUGUGCCUAGCUACUAUGAGCAUGGAGAGGUUACUGGUUUCUC